AUGCCCUUUGACCAACACAAUACUCACCAUAGUACUUUUGGUGACGACUCGGGCGGUGUGCGCGACCGUUUACCAACGCUUUUUGAAGUACUCAACCUUCGGACGCGUGCUCCGGUCGAUCUCUGGUCCUUUUAUGUUUUCAUGCGCGAACAAUAUAGAGGUGUUGAGUACCUUGAUUUUUGGCUUGAUGUCGUCAAACACUUAUCUCUCUGCAGAAACUAUGUUCGUGGUUUACGCCAAUCGCUAUUAGCAUCUGAACGUGACCCCUCGUCUUCACGAACAUCUUCAGUGCUACUCGACAACCUUAUUCAAGACGGUACUUUAGACGACACGGACUCGCGUCGACUCUCUGCCUUUUUGCGUGGUGAAGAGGUUGAUGGGAACCAGGGCAAUCUCUCACGAUUAUCAGCUCUUUUAGAAAAUAUGAAUCCUAAAGAACAGGAAGGAUAUGAAGGACAAGAAGAUAAACUCCAGCAGCCUCCAUCAGCAUUACUUCAACAGUCCCAGCAGCUGCCACAGCCCAGCACACCUAGCACACCAACAAACAGAAGCUCAUAUCACUUGCAUCCUCCCAAUACUAGCGCAAUGGCUGCCGCAUGGGCUCAAGAAAAGCGUCGGCUUUCAGGUUCACCUAUUCGUGUAGUCAUGUCGGACUCGGUUGUGGCUGCAGCAACUGCCUCAGGGGGGUCUGACUCUGCACGCAACUCCAACGCGUUACUGGAUGAAAAGCGUAACUCAGACCACGCGUUUCAACAACAACAUCAGUAUCUACAUCGGAUCCAUACCGGGUCUCACGUUGACUACGACGACGACGACGACGACGACGACGAUCUUUUCGAAGCUCCUCAUAAUAACAAUAACAAUAACAAUUAUAAUAAUGAAUCGUUCUAUUCGGUCUCCACUCCUCCUCCUCUUCCUCCAGCCGCAGCAUCCGCCUCCAUCAUUCCACAUAUGAUAAACACACCCGCACCACAAGAUCCUCGACUACAAGUGAAUACAAUGUCCCCCCUACUCCAUGAUAAUAGUGGUGGAGUGCUUCCACGAGUCCCCCGGGGUGUUACUUCUUCAACAACAGGUGCCCAAGCGGGUCCUUUUUCUACUCCUCGUACGCCUCAACAACAACAACAGCAACAUCUAUUACAUAGACAGUCAUCGCGAGCAUCAUCUCUUGGAGAUGGGAGGUCGAUAAUAAUGGACGAAAUGGUUGCUGGUUCUUCUUCUUCUUUGCACCCACCAGGCACACAUGGUCCAAUACAUUCCACAAUCUCAAAUACCCAUGAUGACUCUAUGCGACAUCAAGCACCGGCAGUGCCGGAGCGAUCAUUUGAGCCACAUUCCAACUCGUCAAGUUUUGUGACGCGUAACGAUAUUAAACAAUCCACACAUUUUAUAUUGGUGACGUACUUUAUUCCUGGUGCUGAGCGCGAGAUUGUACUACCGCAGCGCAUCAUGCGGUUGGUGCGACAUGCAAUUGAGGUGGAAGGUCGCGAUGACCCAGAAGUUUUUGAUGAGGCCCGUGAGUACGUGUUUCAGGCCAUGCAGCGCGAGGCCUUUCGCAGUUUUCUUGUGGCCAAGGCUUUAGGUAAUACCACUCCGUUUGGUUCCAUUGUCCGGCUGGUCAUUGGCUUGUUGUCGACAUUUGCUGCAUUUUGGACUGGGUUUAUUUUAAUUUUCCUUGAUUGGAAACCUAAAUCAGAUAGAAUUUAUCUUAUUAUCCCAUUUGCAUUUGCUGUUUAUGGUAUAAUGUCUGGGCUUUAUAACCUUGACCCAAUUCUGGCGUUACUGGGGUAUUCUGAGACUGGGCCUGGCAAAAUGAUUCGCAUUCGUGAGCCUUAUGUUCGCCAGUUACUAAUAAAGCGUGCGUUAUUUGUGGCAGCUGUUAUUGUCAUUGUAGCGGCGUGUUUUAUUGUUCUUUUUACUUUAGUCCCGGGUCGGCGCCUGUAG